AAACAUGGCAGACCUAAUGGAAAGCGUGAAAUUGUUCUGUCAACACCACAACAAAUGAUUGCGGAUAUGAUAGAGAAAACCACGUUGGAACCUUUUCGACAAAGAAUCUACGAGCCUUCCAAUGGUGAAGAUUCUGCAGCAGGAGAAGCAUCUAAUAUGGAAGCGCCAGUAGCAGGAUCCUCUCUGGAGGUAAGUCCUCCCAGUGGAAGCCAACGUGCUGCCUCCCCUCCUCCAGUGAGAAAUCAACGACUAUCUCCACCAGUGCUGCGUAAUAAAAGGAAGCUAUCGGAUCAGAAGGAAGAGACAAAUAAGGAUUCCAUAGAUUUCAAUCUGCAAAUCAAACGAGACUUCGAUUUUGAUCACCUGAAAGAUCGACGUAGAGCACUUGAAGAAGACAUGAGAUACGCCAGAGCUAAACUGGAAGCAGUGACAGCUGAACGCGAUUUCUGGAUGGCGAAGAUAGAUGUGCUGGAUCUGGAGCGCCAGUUCUGGAUGAGUGAACUUGAGCGAAGCCUUAGAGAUCGAUACUAG